UUAUUAUCAAUUUAAACAAGGUAAUGUGUAUUUAAUAUUCAGGCGAACUUGAUUAAAAGGUAUAACGAUGAAACUGAUUCUAAAAUAUUUUUCUUACUCAUUUAUUACUGCUUUGUUCUUAAAAAAUAUUGAACACUCUAUUUGUAAAAUAUACUCAAAUAAUUUAUAAAUAAAUACAAGAAAUAUUUUUAGGCUCUCUCAGAGACUCUGAAAAUUGACCUCUCUGCGAAGAAAUUACUAAAAAGUAAAAAUACUUUUUGCUUUUAAUUUAAUAAUAACUGCAGACUGUGUAAAAAAAAUGCACUUAAGACACUCAAGUCUAGUGCAAGUUUUAAUUAAUUUCUUUUUUAAAUGAACAUCAGUUCUUCGCUUUUAAGCUUCUAAUUUUUUGCUGUGUUGCUCAAUAACUUGUAAAAAUGCUGUUAUUGUUUUCUCUGUUUGAUAGAAGUGAUGAAAAAUUUAAACAUUAGCCGUUUCCUGACUGAGUUACCAGUAAUGCAGAGCCAUUGUUUUAAACCAAUCAUACUUAUACUGCUUCAUAAUAGUUUUUUUAGUCUUUUGAUCAACUGUAUGUCGUUGUUGGGUGCAUCCAGAGUAGUUUUGCAUGAAAACCAUGCUUGAAUGAAGACCUCAGCUAAAAAUCUAUUUAAACGCUGAAUGUUUUUAUUGCCAUUGUAUAACAGAUCGUGUAUAUGGCCUUUGCCAUCAAUAUGAAGUAAAAAGUCAGGUCAGGUUAUCCUUUAAACGUCAAGUUAGGUUAUCCUGAUACUGGUAACAUGAAAUCCAGUACAACCUGCUUCCUGUUAACAUCAGAAAGGGCAUCUGAUUGUAAAACAUUGCUUUAACUCUCUCAUAAUGGCAUUAAUUUCAUAAUGAAAACCCUCCAAACCACACAAGUGUCAAAAAAUAGAAGUAAAAUUUACAACAACAACAAAAUGGCCAUAUGAACGACACCUGAUCUUCUGAUAGUUGCUUCAAUUUUUAAACCUAUCAAAUAAUCAGCUAAAAUCUGAAAAAAUGCUAGAUUAGAGGACAAGAAAUGCAGUCUUUAGAGUAAAAGAAAGUUAUACACUGCAUGCACACAGUCUCAUAAUAUAAGGCAUAACAUAGGCAAUAAAGGUUGAUUGUCUUGAAAGAACAGCGAAGAAGAUGAUUAGUUGGAUAUAAAAGAUGACUGAAAAGAAAGAGUUAAUAAAUAUUAAUGAUAUAUAUUAAGAUGUGUCAGAGUAGAUGAAGCUGGUUUAGGCAUGUUGUAUAAUACGCCAUAUUUGAUUACGUAUUAUACAAUCACGCAUUGAAGAUAAUUACAAUCAUCAUGCUAAUGACCGUAAAGGACUUUUAUUAUAGGCAUUGCGUUUACGUUUUUUAAUGUUAGUUAUGAAGAGAAUAAAGUUGAGUCGCGAACUUUGUUAUUAUACACAUGUAGAUGAUUGUAAUGCAAAUAAUUGGGUAUCAGCAUGUAGAGUUAGCAGUUUAGUCAAAAAAAAAUAGAAUUAGAAAAACUUGCAGAUAUUAUGUUUCUUUUUUAAGAGUAUGUUAUAGAUUACAUGGAAAAACCUCAGAAAAAAGAUAUAUAAGAUAAUAGAUAUUUGAAUAAAUAGCAUUAUGAGAAACCUCCAACCAAGCAAGCACCGAUACACUGAAAAUAAUAUGACAAUGAAGAUAAUGUUUACCCAAAAAACUCCUAAGAGAUAUAUAAAAUUUAGUUAAUUUUACAUUUAAUUGUUAUCAAAAUACAGGGUAAAAAUAUUGCCAUUUCAUCGGUUGGUAAAUUGGUAAACUGAUUAAAAAAGCUGUUGCCAAUACCCAUUGUACAAAAAGUGGCCAUAAGUAAACAAACUAUUGCUAUAUGUUGCAGUGGAUGUCCAGUCCGAUUCAUAUACUUAUACUUUUACUUUGUGCCCUUUUUAUCAUUUCAGAUGAUUGAUAAUUAGUAUUUAUCAUUCCGGAAAAAAAAAGAUUUUGUUGGUAGGAGGUAGGGAGGAUGGUGGGAGCCAUUCAUCAAAGAGCUGGAUUGCUAGGCACAAAGCAAAAAGCCGAAAAUCAGAUGUGGAUUUUAGUGUUAAACAAAAAAGAAAAAAAGUGUCUAUAAAUACUCAGGUGCUAAGGGGGUACGAUUUAUGGAAACAAAACCAGUUAUUGUCAUUGGAAGAUUCAGAUUUUGAUAACAGAAAUUUUUGUUUCAAAAAUCUUGGUCAUAACUGGUCGUUGUUAACAAACAAUGAAAAAGAAAGCUGGAACAAGAAAGCUUUAUUACAAAGAAACAAAUUACUUCCUCUCACUAAAGAAGAAAAAGAAAUUAAAUCUAAAAAGUUGUUAAAACAGUUGAAAAAAGUUGUGGAAGAGUUAGCAAAUAUGGGCAAUGACGUUGUUGCGGUUACUUGGUGGUGCUCCUGUUGUAACUGCAACCGAAAGAGGGUGCCAAUUUUGACUAAAUUCUGAAGAAUUAAACUUUCAGUUUAAAUUUGCUGAAUUUUUGAAAGCUCCAAUAGUCAAUAAGGAAAUGGUUGAAAAAAAUAAAUUAUGUACUAAAGUUGCAGAUAUUUUGAAUAAAAAAUAUGAAAUUAGUCGACUUGCUUUGCCAAAACACUUGCAACAAAGAUUUCGAAAAUGUCAUAUUCCAUACAAGAAAUAUGUUCCCACUAUUAUUAGUGCUCAUGGCUUACCUGAUGGACAGGUUUUAAGAUAUCCAUCAUCAAUGGGAACAGCCUUGUUAGCUAACAUUGUUGAAAAUCAAAAUGAAAUUAAUAUUGUUUUUGACUUGACAAGUUUAUUGCAUAUGGAAUACAAUUCAUUUGAAACACAUUUAUGUUCAACGGAAGUUAAUAGCGACUUAAUCGAGUCUUCUAUGUUUGCUAAUACUGAAUUAUUAUCAACAGAAAUAGAUUGUGAAUUUCAACCAGUGAGAAUAUCAAACUCAAACGUAAACGAAUUAAAUUUGUCAGAUGUUCAGUCUGCUUUUUGUUCUGAUGCAGAACAAGUUGUAAUAACAUCCAAUGAAGUUUGUAUGGAUCACGAUUAUGUUUAGGCGAACUUCCUUCAAUUAAGUAACAAUUUUUAAAUUUUUUUAUUUUAUAAAUGUAUUUUAAUUUUGUUCAAAUCCUCUUCUUUGUCUUGAUUA